UUUUGUAGAGCAGGAUAGAAACCCCAUAUUAUUCAGUGAAUUCUUUGAUAGGCAAUAUAGACAGAUCAUUCACAAAUCAUUGGGGUAUACGCUGUGAACGACUACAUGUGUUCAUUUACAAAUUCAUUUUUUUUGGUUUGUAGGGUCAAAGUCUGCCAAGAAAAAUAAAGGCCAUGUCUUCAUCAGUUUCUCCUGAAAUGAGAAAGAAAUUGUGAUUAAGAUCAGGAAGAGAUCAAAAGCUGUGUUUAUUUCACGUGACAUUUAAAUGGUUCCAUCAUGGCUACCGUUAUCAGUCAGUACAGCUCAACAGAAGAGACAACAAAUGCCAACAGGGCUUGUCGUCUUCUACUUGGACCAUGUACCGAUCAACUGAGAGAUGUUUUUCGCAAAAAGGUUCCACCUUCUACAUUUGCCCUGGAAAUUAGUAAACAAAAGUAUAAUCUACCAAGAUUAAAUCCCGAACAAAGGAACCUAGUUUUACCAAACAUAGGGUCCUAUUCUGGAAAUUAUGAUGACUUUGACAUUUCACUGCUCUAUAUUCUUCUGCGGAACAUUUGUAACAUUACUCCACAUACAAAUGGGUGGGGAAAUGUCCCAGAUGUUAAUGAUGUAUGUCUUUCUGCAAAUAUCGAAAGAAUACGAGUUGCCCGAAACAACACUGUUCACUCUGCACGACCCUCCCUCACAAACAGUGAAUUUAACGAUAUUUGGACGUCAGUUCGAGUUGCAGUAGUAGAAAUCGAUACAUUCCUUUCAAAUGGAAAUUUUUAUGAGAAGGAAGUUGACAUUUUGAGACACACAACAUUGGACCCUGUCCAAGACCAGCAUUUCAGAGACCAACUGGACAACCAAUAUGCUGAGGAUCAACAAACUAAAGAAUGCAUUCGCACACUUCAGGAAAACUUUGAAAGUAAUCUGAAAGAAACAGCGGACAGGAUCAAUCUCCUUGAGGAAAACAUUGGAAGUAAUCUGAGAGAAAAAGCAGACAGGAUAUGUCUCCUCGAGGAGACUCAAACAACAUUAGAGACCAGAUUACACAUAUCUUCCCAACUACAGAAGCAAUUUCAAAAUGUUUUAAAAGAAAAUUUACAGAGGCACAAAUCAACUUGCAUACCGGAAAACGUCAGAG